UUGUUUCCUCUCAAGCGACCGGUGACGACGAAAUAAGCUGUUCUCCUCUCUGUGACGUGGACGGGCAGAAACCGUCGACAGAAACACUGCGUCUUUGCGUGUCUUGCUCCUGCGCCGAGUCCCGACAAGAAACUCGCGUUUUCUCUCAAGAGCUGCCCGAAUUUGGUUUGCCUUUUCCACUCUUUCUGCGCAGUUCUCCUCCUCGGUCGCUUCCCAGGCUCACAACCGGCAGGUUGGGGGCUUUUUCACGUUUCUUUCUCCGGCCAACCGCGUCCGCCGUUCUGCUCUCUCUAUCCCUCUGCAUUUGCGUUUGAGUAUUGAGGCAGGUGUGGCACGGUUUUCUUCUCGUGUUUGUCGCGGUGACGGUUUUCCAUCGAAUCUCCGUUUCACUCGGAGAAACGGCUUUCCUCGUCGUACUCGCGCCGCUCGUUCGUCUCUCCGCUGACGCCUCUCCUGAAACUGUUUUUCUCUCUGGGAACACGCUGGCUGCAUCUUUUAUUCGCGUCGCUCUGCUUGUUUUUUCUUCUCCGUCCACGCUUGCCAGCCGUAGCUUUUCCGCUGACCCGUCGACGUCUCGACGCUGCUCGGCAUCCCCCUCCCUCUCCCUCUCCUGUCCGCUGCUUCUUCUGUCCUUUCGCAGCUCUCUCUCUCUCCUGUCUGCUGCUCAGUCGCUUUUAUGAAGAGGAAAUAUGUGGGCUGACUACUUGUCGGAGUUCGCCUCCCUUCACGAGGACGCCGAGCGCAUCCUCGCAGGCGGCGACCCGUCGGAGGGUGUCGAAGUCAGGCAGCAGAAACUUGAUGCGUUGAUGAAGAAAAUGAAGCGAUGUUUCUCAUCUCUUGAGAUGAACGUUCGCUCCCUGCAGCCCCGCGAGCGCCAGCCUCUCGAAGCUUCGCUGAUGAACUGUCGCCGGCAAUUCACCGACAUUGAAAGAAGGACUCUUCUCUUGCGAGAAGGCAGCAGAGGUUCCGGGCAACCGAGUGCGUCGAAGAGUCGUCAAAACACUUUGGAAAAGCUGAAAAAAGGAAGCAGUCAGCUAGAGGAGAGCCUGCGGCUAGCAGCGGAGGCCGAGGGCGUCGGAGAGUCCGCUCUUUGUUCGCUGUACGUACAGCGGGAAACGCUUUCGCGGACAAUGACGCGAACUAAGGACGUUCAGCGAAACAUGGACGAGGCAGACACAAUCGUCACCAAGAUGUCUAAGUGGUGGAAUGGUAUCUGGUAGAAGCAGCUCGAGACAGACAGGAGACGAAGAAGGCAGAAAGCGGACGAACGAGGACAGAGUGAAGGAGGACGAAGAAGCGAGGGAACACAGAACGCCGAAGAGAGCUCUCCCCAGCUCCACCGGGACGUUUUUCUAAAUGGUUUGUGCGAGUCGGACGCGAUCGUCGUCCAGGUGUAUAUACACUCUGUUCUGGUGGACCGCGGAAAGACGGACAGUGAAGUUUCGCCAGUUUCCGUCUUUCCACACGACUUGUCUUCCGGAGAAACGCGGGCUUCUUCACGUCGAGGGAAACUCGUCUAGACUUGUUUGGUCGCGGUGCCGCAGCCGCCCUUUGUUAUUCGUUUCUGCUGCGAAUGUGUAUCGCCGGAGUCAUGUGUAUAAAAACAAUCAUAUAUAUGCAUAUAUAUAUAUAUAUAUGUCAGUGUGGGUAUGCAUGUAUAUAUUUAUAUAUUAAGUUGGUGUUUGGGUCUGGGGAUGUGUUCCGUGUUUUCUGUACGAUUUGUGUUCGCUGAUCUUGUUUCGCUGUACAUGAGCUCUGUUCAUUCUUGUCAAAGAGGAUUAAUCCCAAUUUCCUCCAGGUUCCGCACAUUCACUGUCGAGUCGACGGUCACGAAGUCACUUCCCUUCCGCAUAGUUUUCUGCGGCGCUCUAAAUCGCAAACGCGAGCCGGAGCACUCGAUGAGAGGAGCGAGGACAGGUGAAUUGCUCCAGUGUUUCGUCGCCUUUCCUGCCUCCACUUUCUCUUGUGUCAGUCCUUUCUCUAUUCCGUCCGCCCUUUCUCCUCUGAACCUCAACACGCGCACUCGCAUCUAUUUAUAUCUACAUACAUUUGGAAUGUAGGACAUAUCUGAGCAGGCGGGCUAUGCUCUCACCAAGUGAUCGAAGAGUAAAUGCGUCUCUGCACAGAUUUAGGGAUUUGUAAAUAGCCAGCGCAUAAGAAAAAGUCUGCGUAAAGCUGGAACGCCGAGUGUCGAACACGGGAAUCUUGUUUCAGUUCCGGAAGUGGCGACCUACAGAGAAUUCUUUUCUAGACGAGAAGGGAGGCUCCAGAGAGAAAUGAGGCGUUUGAACACUCUCCUUGUGCUUGGGGAGUCUGAUUUGUCGCUAUCAGCUUUUAGUCAUCUUUCAGUUCUACCUUUGAACCUGUAGCUCUUAGUGUAAAUUGAUGAUUCAAUUCGAA